CACACACACACACACAACUAGUUUCCCCAUCGCUUCUCCGAGCUUGAACUUUUUUUUAGUCUCGUGCACAGAUCGCGUGACGCGUGCGCACCGGGAAUCGGUCGGGAUCAGAGGUCUGACAGGCAAAAAAUGAACUGACCGCAAGAAGAAGAAAAAGAAGAGGAAGAAGAAGAAGAAGAAGAAGUAAUAAAAAGAGCAGGAGGAGAAUUAUCCAUGCUUGAGGCAAGCUCCGUGCGCGCGCGCCAUGGCGAAAAAGAAACGACUUCCUUCGUCGUUGUCGCUGCUGCUGAUGCUGUGCGUCCUCGCGAGCGCGCAGCAGAAUGUUUUGCGCAUCGGUGGUAUUUUUGAGACACUGGAGAAUGAGCCAGUCAGCGUGGAGGAGCUAGCCUUUAAAUUUGCAGUGACCAGCAUCAACCGAAACAGGACAUUAAUGCCCAAUACAACGCUCACCUAUGACAUCCAGCGCAUCAACAUGUUUGACAGCUUUGAAGCCUCAAGGAGAGCAUGUGAUCAGCUGUCACUGGGUGUGGCUGCAGUCUUUGGCCCCUCCCACAGCUCCUCAGUUAGUGCAGUGCAAUCCAUCUGUAAUGCGCUGGAGGUUCCUCACAUACAGACACGAUGGAAACAUCCAUCUAUGGACAACAGGGACAGCUUCUACGUCAACCUGCACCCAGACUAUGCCUCCAUUAGCCGGGCUGUGCUCGACAUUGUUCACUUCUACAAAUGGAAGAGUGUCACCGUAGUGUAUGAAGAUGCAACAGGUUUGAUUCGUCUGCAGGAGCUGAUCAAAGCUCCAUCCCGUUACAGCAUUAAGAUUAAGAUCCGCCAGCUGCCUGUGGGGAACAGAGACGCUCGGCCGCUUCUCAAAGAGAUGAAGAAGGGUAAAGAGUUCUGCGUCAUCUUCGACUGUUCAUACCAGACCACAGCUGAUGUUUUAAAACAGUUGCUUUCUAUGGGUAUGAUGACUGAGUACUACCAUUUCUUCUUCACAACUCUGGAUCUGUAUGCUCUGGAUCUGGAGCCGUACCGCUACAGUGGUGUGAACAUGACAGGUUUCCGCCUUCUGAAUGUAGAUGACCCCCAGGUUGCAUCAGUACUGGGGAAAUGGUCCAUGGAGAGAAUUCAGGGUCCACCCAAGCUCGACACCGGCAUAAUGGAGGGCAUAAUGACGACUGAAGCGGCUCUGAUGUACGACGCUGUGUUCAUGGUGGCAGCAGCAGCACAGCGAGCAUCACAGAUAACCGUCAGCUCGCUGCAAUGCCACAGACACAAACCGUGGCGCUUUGGCUCGCGCUUCAUCGGCACGUUUAAAGAGUCUCAGUGGAGCGGAUUAACUGGACAGAUUGUCCUGAACAGGACAGACGGACUGAGGAAAGAUUUUGACCUUGAUAUCAUCAGCCUGAAAGAAGACGGCAUGGAAAAGUCGGAUGCUGGGCGCUUUCAUAAAGUGUGGAAGAAGAUUGGGGUGUGGAACUCUAACACAGGUCUUAACCUGACAGACAGCAAAGACAAGACGGGUAACGUUACAGACUCCAUGGCCAACCGGACUCUGAUCGUCACGACUAUUCUGGAAAACCCAUACGUGAUGUACAAGAAAUCGGACAAGCCACUGUAUGGGAACGACCGUUUUGAGGGUUACUGCUUAGACCUGCUGAAGGAGCUCUCUAACAUCCUGGGAUUUUCCUAUGAGGUCAAACUUGUCUCAGAUGGGAAAUAUGGUGCCCAGAAUGAUAAAGGGGAGUGGAAUGGCAUGGUUCGAGAGCUCAUCGAUCACGUGGCAGAUUUAGCUGUGGCUCCACUCACCAUUACCUACGUCAGAGAGAAGGUGAUUGAUUUCUCCAAACCCUUCAUGACCCUGGGAAUCUCCAUCCUGUACCACAAACCCAAUGGCACAAACCCAGGUGUCUUCUCCUUCCUGAACCCACUUUCCCCUGAUAUCUGGAUGUAUGUCCUACUCGCCUGCUUAGGAGUGAGCUGUGUCCUUUUUGUCAUCGCCAGGUUCACACCUUAUGAAUGGUACAAUCCUCAUCCCUGCAAUCCUGACUCAGAUGUUGUGGAGAACAACUUUACACUAAUCAACAGUGUGUGGUUUGGCGUUGGAGCUUUAAUGCAGCAAGGUUCAGAGCUGAUGCCGAAAGCUUUGUCCACUAGGAUUGUUGGAGGCAUCUGGUGGUUUUUCACCCUCAUCAUCAUCUCAUCAUAUACUGCAAAUCUUGCUGCAUUUCUCACCGUGGAGCGCAUGGACUCACCCAUCGACUCGGCCGAUGAUCUCGCCAAACAAACCAAGAUUGAGUAUGGAGCUGUGAGGGAUGGUUCCACAAUGACCUUCUUCAAGAAAUCGAAGAUCUCGACAUAUGAGAAGAUGUGGGCCUUCAUGAGCAGCCGUAAGAACACCGCUCUGGUGAAAAACAACCGUGAGGGAAUUCAGCGUGUGCUAACCACCGACUAUGCACUUCUGAUGGAGUCCACCAGCAUCGAGUACAUCAGCCAGCGUAACUGCAACCUCACACAGAUCGGAGGCCUUAUUGACUCCAAGGGCUAUGGUGUGGGAACCCCAAUAGGUUCCCCAUACCGCGAUAAGGUGACAAUUGCAAUUUUGCAACUUCAGGAGGAAGGAAAGCUACACAUGAUGAAGGAAAAGUGGUGGCGAGGAAACGGCUGUCCGGAGGAGGACAGCAAGGAGGCGAGCGCUCUCGGUGUCGAGAACAUUGGCGGCAUCUUCAUAGUCCUCGCCGCUGGGCUUGUGCUGUCUGUGUUUGUGGCCAUCGCCGAGUUUGUUUACAAAUCACGCAGAAAUCUUGACGUGGAGGAGGCAGGUGUCGGCCAGUGCGAGUGGCACAACAAGUAUUGAGCAUGACGACUGAUACGGAUAAAUACGAUUUUCAGACAUCACAAUAUAUGAUCACAGCCCUGCUUUGCAAUGGUUCCUUAGGAAUCUUGACCAACUUUGGAAUGGAAAAAAAGACCCUCGCUUAAAGGGAAUUGUUGGUUACGUAUUUCAGUUCAACAAUCACAGAAAGUAUUUGUUAUUUUCAUAACAGUUACAUUCCCAUACAUCCCUUUUAUUCUUCUCUGCCCUGCACAAAAUGUCCAACUCUUUGCCUUUUCAUGCGGAAUAUAUAGGGUCUAAUAUAAUAACUCCUACACCCUAUGUAGUCCAGGGAGCCAUUUAGGGUUCAAUCAUUAGUCCUGAAUACUGGAAAUACAUUACAAAUAAUGGCCCAACGUAGUGCAGUCAUGAGUUGGGGAUAGUCUGGAGCUAUAGACUUUUACUUUGUGGUAUUUUACUGAGCAAAGUGCCACUGUUUGACAGUUUGAUGAAUAACAGUUUGCUGUGAAAUUCACUGAAGGUUUGUGCUGUAAAUACAUUCAAAAAAUAUCAUGGGAUGUCAUUUGAAGUCAUUGGAGUAGGUGCUAUUGACAAACCUUCACUUGAUCACAUCUACCGGGAGCGCAGAAAAUUAUUAAGGAGGUAACCUGACUUUGAGGAUGAGGAACUUUUUUGGUCCUGUGUGUCAAACAAGACACUGUUUGGGACUCAAUGAAAUAAAGGACUUGUACACUAUAUGCCCUAUAUGGUGUAUACAAGACAACUGGCAUUCAGUUUCCAAAUAAGGUUAUGGAAUAAAGGUUCCAAUAUAGUGUUUAUUAGCUGGGGGACUGAAUUUACUGGUCGAAAUGCACUACACAGUACGACUUUUUUCACACCUUCUCAAUAGGGAGUCAUUUGUCAUUCAGCAUCUGGGUUUUCUGAACAAGAGCAUGAUAUAAGGUAUAUGAUAUAAAAUGAUAUGAUAUAAUAUGAUAUAAUAUAUUAUAAUAUAAUAUAUGAUAUGAUAUAAAAUAUAUAUAUAUUUUUUUUAAUAUGAAUAUUUUACGUGUUCGUGUCAGUUUUUCCUCUUUGAACUGAAACAGUUUCAAAAAUACUCUCUAUAUAAAAUAUGAACUAUAAAUAGCAACUGUUAAGUUGUUUUGUUUUUUUUAAUUAUUGGUUUCUGAUUUGUUAUUGAGCUUUAGUACUGGUUCAUUACAAGACUCAAAUGUGAAAGGAUCUUGUACAUUGUCUUUUUAUUUAUCUUUCCUUUUUGAUCUUUUAUUCAUAUUGUGGUCUUUUUUUUGACAUUUUUCCUUCUGACAUUGAGAGAGAGAGAGAGAGAGAGAGAGAGAGAGAAGAAUAGAAAUAGAUGUGUGUGUGAAAUAUACAGUAGAAGUAUAAAUACAGUAAGAAGGCUUUAGGAAUUUUGUGAGACAGAAAAACCCAGAAAAAGAUGAGAGGACAUCUGGCUGCGAGAUGAGACCUUAAACGUUCGGGCUGUGAUGAAUCCAGGACUGAACCCUUGUUCUUUAAUCUCCUGGAGCCUUAAUCAAGUCUUUCAUCACGAACCAGGAUUAGAAUCUGAAGCCGGGGGGAUUAAAGAAAGUGACCUGGAAUCAGCCUCCUCCUCAUCCUGAGAGCUGCACAGAGCUGAGUUAUCACAAUGUACUGAGUCUGUGUGUGUGUGUGAGUUUAUUAAAAAUGAAACACAGUGUGUGCACUGUGUCUUAAACCUA